GUCGCUGCUCCUGUGCAAGAAGGGAGGCAUCACAGGGUCGCGGAGGCGGGCAUGGGGAUUGGGGCAGGGAGGACUGAGAGACCUGGUGGAGAAUGGCAUGCCGGUUCUCAAAGGUCGCGGUGCCGACCCCUUUCACCCCGGUUUCCUUCCCUUCCCCUUGGGACCCUGAGGCAGGCCUGGAAAGUGGUCAGUAGGGCCCCUUCUCUCCUUUGGGAGGCGAUGUAAACAGAGCCCCAGGGCACGAGUUAAGGGUUUGGCCCAAGGUCACGCCCGGUAUCAGUUGCAAAGCCAAGAAAAGAACCCGGGACUUCCUAUGUGCCCAGCCUAGUUGGAGGGAGAAGGCAAAGAGGGAUGAGCCUUUCUACCUCAUAACUCUCUGCCAGCCUUGCCCUUUCCUCAGGGACCAUCAGAGGUGUGUACACACCUCACACACGCCCAUGCAUCUGCACAGGGAGGCAACCCCACUAAUGCCCAUGAACCAGCACAGGGGGAUGCGUGCACCCAUGAGCUAGAUAUCCCUCCUCUCCCUAGGCCGCCCUAUCUGCAGCUUGGCUGGGACCUCUUCCCACCCCACCUUAACCAGGGCCCUCUGCACUGGGCAAAUCUCUCACCCUCUGCUUCCAGGGGAGGAGGGUAAAGGAAGAGAAGGCACCCAAACUGGGAGCUCCAUUCCUGCCUCGCCCUUCUCCUUGACCCUAGCAGCCCCUCUAUUGUUGGUGGGUGGGGAGGGAAGUCCAGUGUCCCCUAGAGCCUGCAGAGAAGCCCCGCCAGAGAACCAGAGCCUCUCUCUCCUUCCUGUCUUCUGGUCUUUCCACAUCAGCCUCCACCCACACUCCAAGCAUAGUCUGGACCACACAGUGGACUGGAUCCAGGGGCUCCCAUGGCUCCCCUUUGUGACUGGGUUGGCCAUGGGGAGAAAAUCUAACAUGUAGUGGAUGCUUACUGUGGAUGGGGGUUGUGCUGAGCUAAGUCUUUCUUCGAGACCUGUUUGUUCUGCCAUUCUGUAACCCCAUGACCCUGUGGGGAUGUUCUCAAUAUCCCCACCUUAGACUCAGGAAAACGGAGACACAGAGAGGUGGAGUGACUUUCUAGGGAUCACUAGUUAAGCGGCUGAGCUAGGUUUCAAAGACAGGCCUGUCUGACUCUUGGGCAAGUGUUUCCGUCCAGGAAAGGAAAAAGCUGUGGUAUUUUUUCCCCAAGCAAGAUGAGGGAUGUGGGAGGCAGCGAAUGAGGAGGUGGAUAUGGGGAGGUGGGGGAUAUGGGGACGCAGGUUGGGGGGAGUUUUUGAUCAAGGGAGGGAGACUUUUUCUUUCAAACAUCCCCACUGCCUUUCCUAUCUUCCAGGUUUGAUCACUAUGAUCAUCUUACCCACAGACAGAGGAUGCAGGGCUUCAUUUUUGUUUCUAAAAACAGGGGCACCGUAGAUAUGUAAAGUAUGUGUCCUAAUGUCUCCUGAAUUUGCCCUCAUCCUUGCCCUCAAACCUUUACCUCCCCAGUGCUUUCAGAACCUAGAGAGACUUCAUCUCACUACUGAGCCCGUGUCCUUAGCCUCAUGUUUCUUAUUCUUUCCUUUCUAGCACCCGGGAAGGCAGGGGGCUCCCUUUAUCCAAGGAGGUGGCUGUGCAGGUGGCCACCACAGGUGGCAGGAACCACAGGCUGGGGCACUCCGGAGUCAGGAGUGAGUGGGCAGGUUGACUGGCCUCAGGCAGCCUCUCAGCCAGGGCCCUCUCCGCGUCAGCAUGAACUCCAGGACCGCAUCUGCUAGGGGCUGGUUCAGCAGCCGCCCACCCACCUCUGAGUCUGACCUGGAACCUGCCACAGAUGGGCCAGCCUCCGAGACCACUACCCUCAGCCCAGAGGCCACCACCUUUAAUGACACCAGAAUACCUGAUGCACCUGGUGGCACGGCCGGCGUGGGUACCAUGCUUCUGUCCUUUGGGAUCAUCACGGUGAUAGGCCUGGCUGUGGCCAUGGUUUUGUACAUCAGGAAGAAGAAGAGGCUGGAGAAGCUACGCCACCAGCUCAUGCCCAUGUACAACUUCGACCCCACGGAGGAACAAGAUGAGUUGGAGCAGGAGCUGCUGGAGCACGGGCGGGACGCCGCCUCCGUGCAGGCUGCUACUUCUGUGCAGGCCAUGCAGGGCAAGACUACUCUGCCCUCCCAGGGCCCACUGCAGAGGCCCAGCCGGCUGGUGUUUACCGAUGUGGCCAAUGCCAUCCAUGCGUGAGUGGCCUGGGACAAGCCUGGACUUCUGAUAGAGACCCGCCACGGUGCCCACAGAGCUCCCCACUCCCUGAUUGUCAAGACCUACUCUGAAGAUCUGCCCUGCCAAGACAUGAGAGGGCUGAGCCAGGCCCCAGCUGUUCUCCAGACCCACCUGCUGACUCUAGACUCUAAGAGAGGGCCCUAGCCAGGUUGGACUUCUGACCACUGACUUCUCCUGACCUGAGAGCCCUGGCACAGAGGGCAUCCCUCAGGCUGAGAAGGUCAAGAGCCUCUGCUGGCUUCCUCAUCCCCUGUCCAGAUCCCUCACAUCAGGGUCUGCCCCAUUAAUGUGGAGGAAAUGGGGGAGAUACAGAGUGGGAGGGAUUGGGGGAGGAAAGGGGAGGUUUCCCUCUGUUAGGGAGAGACCUGUUUUUUGGAAUCUGGAGCCUCCUCUGGGGUGGGGAGAGGAAACCACCCAAGCUAUAGGGACAGGGUAGGGCAGCACCUGUUAUGGGCCCUGAGAAGCCCAGAGAUGGAGCUGAAACUGUCCAGUAUGCAAGGAUGCCAGGAGAAGGGCAAUUCACACCCAGGGUCCAUCCAUACUACAGAGGGUCCAGGAGGUCUCCCAGCCACCCAUCCUUGGCAACCAGAUGUUACUGGGGCCAAGCUAGGAUGGGAGCUGAGGGGGAAGGAAGUAGGGGAAUGGAAGUGGAAGGAUACAGCUCCCCCAAGACCUGCCGAGAGGCCUCAUGCAUGUGCAUGAGUGUGCCCAUGGGCAGACAUGUGCCUGUCCCAGCACAGCGGGCAGGAUGAGAUUGUCCACACUGGCCCCACCCUCCAAGUCGGCCUCUACCCCAUGGUAUAUAGUGGAGCAUCAAGGUAGGCUAUCUUUUCUGCCUUCAAUCUUCAGGGACUGCAGGGAAGAGGGAAGCACGCACGGCACGGUUCCUCUCUCUACUGCAUUGCUUCACUGGGCUCACCUGCUUCUGAAAACGACUCCCUGUCUUGGGCUCUACUGAGGAUCUGGGGUUGGGAGAGGCUGUUGGUCUGAGGGCAGUAAUCACAGGCUGCAGGCUAGAGGGGGCAGUUAUGACUGCCUGAAAGCGGGUGAGGGAUUGCACGUCAGAAAAACAUCUAAAAAACGUAGUCUAUGUUUGAAUUCCCCACCUCCAUCCCAUCUAUGGGAAGAGCCGUUCAGUGUUUAGAGAGUGGGGAGAUGGGUCCCUGCACUUGGCCUCUCCAUAAGCCUUGGAGGGUCAGGGCUGAUACCAGGGGUCCUGGCAAGGCAUUGGGCAGAGACAGACCCCAAGAGCGGGGCAUUUUUUUAUGCUGGGCAUACAUAUGCACACAAGCAUGCACAGAGGCAUGUCCUGUGCCCAGCCUGUCCACCGUCACUGUCCGCCACUGCUUGGAGGGGAUGCAGGGGUAGUGUAUGCAGACCUUCCAUUGGGCAAAUGCCAUGUGGCAGGAGGGAAGGGCCUAGAAGCCCCCAUGGGGAAGGUUCUGGAUUUAUUCCCUCCUCUAAAUGCUGUAAAUACGUUAGCACUUGAGUCGACUGGAGGCUGCCAGGGAUUCAGGAUGCAAACAGCUGUAAUUUAACCCAGAGCAGCUCCAUGUGAGAGCAUUAAAGAUGUAAUGAAGAUGUUUACAUGGA